AUGUUCGAUAUGAAAUCUUUCUUGUACACGUUUUUUCUAUACAACAUUGUCGCCGUACCUCAACUAAAUUUUUAUUUUAUCGAUGAGGUAAGUAUUCACAAUCAAUUCGAUGAGAUAGGUCUACGAUAUAAUUGUCUUCGAUUUGCUUCAAAUUUCGAACAUAGAAGUAGCACUCGAGACAUCGCCUCGUUCUGUUUGAGUGAAUCAUCAGCAAAGUUUUCCAUUGAAAAUGAUAACGAUGAUUUGAUACAAAAAAUUGAUUUUCAUGACCUUAAAAAACAAAAUAUCAAAAGUGAAGAUUUAUAUGUAUGGUCAAUACCAAUUGAUAUCAUCGAACAAUAUCAAAGCUAUUUAGAAUCAAAUAAUUCAUCUUUAACGAAACAAUUCGUUUACAAUUGUACAUUACCACGAUUUGGACCCAUGUGUCAAUAUGAAUUUUACUAUUUUCAUGAAAAUUAUACAACUUUGUAUGAAAUCAUCUAUGGUUAUUACCGAAGUUAUCCAAAUGAUGAAAAUGGUUUGAGUUGUUAUAUUCAUUUGAAUUGUCAUCGUGGUUAUUCACCAGCAUGUUUAGAUUGGACAGAAAUUUGUGAUGGAAAAGUUGAUUGUCUUGAUGGAAAUUCUGAUGAAGAACAUUGUUGGCAAUUAGAAUUGAAUGAAUGUACACAAAAUGAAUAUCAAUGUACUAUUGGACAAUGUAUACCGAACGAAUUUGUUGAAGAUAAUCUGAUAAAUCCUGAUUGUCUUGAUAGAUCCGAUGAAAAAUAUAGCGAUUAUGAUAUAUAUGGGUCAUAUUAUGUACCUGAACCCGUGUUCGGAUGGCAAGACGCAAGAUGUAAAACAACAUUUUUGACAAGUAGUUGUGAACUUCGACGCCCGUUUCAUCUUAUUAACACAAUGUUUUCAGUAAACGAUAAUUCUGUAUCGGAUGAAUGUUGGUUCGCUUUCAAGAGAUAUUUUAUGUUUCCAAAUCCUCAAGAAUAUAUAUUUACGAUAAGAAGAGAGUGUCCACUUGUAUUAUACGUUCCUGAUGUUCCAUUAUUAUUGGGUCAUGUCUAUACAGUUUAUAGAACUGAUAAUAAACUGAACUCACAGGGUCUUCUCUUGCCCUACUUAUGUUCGAACAAAUCUUUUCAUGAUGGAUCACUUGAACUCGUGUCCGACAUAUUAUUAAAUAAUACCGUAUGCUUUGCUUCUCCUCAACUUCAAAAUAUCGAACAAUCUGAUAUUUCCGACUCAACAUCUGGAUUCAUAAAUAUCAUAAAUAAGAUUUUCUCUCAAAUACGAAAUUUCAAUCGAAUUAUUAAUUUUCCUUCAAAUCGAUGUAAUACAUCUAAUUUAUAUCAAUGUAUGAAUUCAUCGAGAUGUAUCGCAUUUCAUCGUUUAAUCGACGAUAUAUCUGAUUGUCCAUACAAUGACGAUGAGAACAUAUCUGAAGACACCAGUCCGGAAUUAUUUGAACGAUUGAAAGAUAAAUAUUAUUAUUGUUAUUACGGCAAGAAAUAUAUUCCAAAGACAUUUAUAUCAGAUGAAAAAUGUGAUUGUGGUUAUGAUGGCGAUUUAUGUGAAGAUGAAGAUAAAUACGAGAAUUUUACUCAACGAACGAUUUCUUUUCAAAUACUAUGUGAUAAUUUCGAGAAAUUGUAUCCGAUUACAAUCGAUGAAGAAGAUCAUACAGAUGAAACUGAAUGCGAACAAUGGGAAUGUGAUAAUAUCUACACGCAUUGUGAUGGAUUUUGGAAUUGUUGGGAUGGAAGAGAUGAACUGGAUUGCGAUAUAUCAUCAACUCUAUUCAAUUGUUCGUUUAAUACUCGAAUAUGUGUCACAUUAGAUACAUUUCAAUUGAGAUGUUUAUCCAUUGAUAAACUCAAUGAUGAUCAUGUCGAUUGUCUUGGUGGUACUGAUGAACCAAAACGGUGUCCUGGACUGUAUGAACAUUUAGGAAGAUUUUAUUGUAUGAAUACUCAUCCAGCUAUUUGUAUAUCUCCUUUGGAUUUGUGUGAUGGUGUGAAGAAUUGUCCCAGUGGAGAUGAUGAACGAUUUUGUCGACCAAAUCGAUCGAUAUCUGAUAGUAUUUGUCAAGAGAACUAUCGAGUAUUGGGUAGUGAUGUAGAAAAGUUUUUCUGUGAAGGUUUAAAAACGCAUCGUAAGAUAGAGAGACGAUAUUUUCGAAUUAACGACUUUAAUCAAUCAUCGGAUGAUGAACCGGAUGAAAAAGAAGUUAUCAAUACAAUCACUCUAGACGAUGAUGACCCGAUUCCAUUACUUGAUGAACCUCGUUGUCAUCAUGGUCUUGAUUUACGUGUUUGGUUAAAUCAAUUAUCAGAUUCUUCUACAAGUACAUGUCUUUGUCCACCGGGUUAUUACGGUAAUCAAUGUCAAUAUCAAAAUCAACGUUUGAGUUUAUCGAUAAGAUUUCAUGUUCGAACAGAAUCAUGGCAAAUUCCAUUUGCAAUAUUAGUUUUACUUAUUGAUGAUACAAAUCAACGAAUGAUUCAUUCCUAUGAACAAUUUACCUAUUUAUCAUUACGAGAUUGUCGAAUUAAGUUUAAUCUACAUUUAUUUUACGCACAGCGACCGAAAGAUAUAAAUCGAAAUUACUCAAUACAUAUCGAUAUCUAUGAGAAAUUUUCUCUCGCACAUCGAGGAAGUUUUCUUUAUCCUGUCAAAUUUCCCUUCUUACCAGUUCAUCGUUUGGCAUUCAUUGUAGACAUUCCAUUGAUAAGUGAUCAUAAAAAAUCCACAUGUUCAGCUCAUCAAUGUAAAUAUGGAAAGUGUAUGAAAUAUUUCAAUAGCAAAGAAACAUUUUGUCAAUGUGAUCAAGGAUGGUCGGGAGAAUUUUGUCAUAUUCAACAUCAUUGUAAUUGUUCAUCUAAUUCUUUAUGUGUUGGAAUACUAAGUGACAAACGAUCCAUUUGUAUUUGUCCAAAAAAUCAAUUUGGUUCUCGAUGUUAUCUUCGUAAUCGAAUAUGUGAAGAUUUUCCAUGUGAAAAUAAUGCUUCAUGUAUUCCCAAUGAUGAUUUUAUGGGAUCAAAUAGACAAAAAUACUUUUGUAUUUGUCCAAAAGGUUUUAGUGGAAAUCAUUGUGAAAUAGGCGAUAGUCAACUUGAUAUAAUAUUUGAUAAUGAUAUGGAAUUAUCUCAUUCAGUUUUUAUUCAUUUUAUAAGAAUUCUUCCAUUCGAUGAAACUAUUGAAGAAAUACCGAAAACAUCACCACAAAGAUCAACAACUUUACAAACAGUUUCUCAAGCCACAAAUUCAAUUCGAAUUUAUUGGUCACAACCAUUUCAUUUAACUUUUAUUGAAACUUUAGACAAGAUUUAUUAUUUGAUCAUUGUCCAACCGAUUUAUUCUCCGUCAACAAAAAUAAAACAGAAAAUAGAUUCUUCACAUCGUUGUCCUUCAAUCAGUGAAUUAGUAAAUGAAACAUUUGCACAAUUGCAUAGUCUUCGUCGAAUGAAAUCUUAUCAUGUUAUUUGUCAAAAAUAUUCUCCUCAUCUUUUAUGCUUUCACGACGAUCGACAUCUUUGUCUAUGUUACGAUUUUCAAGGAAAACGUUUAGGAAAUUGUUUUGAUUUUGAUCACAAUAAGACAUUCGAUUGUUCGGGACAAAGUGCGUGUGAAAACGAUGGUCAAUGUUUUCAAGAUUCACCUGAAUGUCCAAAACGAUUUAUUUGUGCUUGUCAUUUAUGUUUCUAUGGAAAUCGAUGUCAAUUCAGUACGAGUGAAUUUGGUUUAUCACUCGAUGCUAUUUUAGCUUAUCAUAUCAUUGUUGAUCUUGAUCUCAUUCACCAAACAACAAUUGUGAAAAUAAGUUUUUUAUUUACAAUUUUAUUCGUUGUUCUUGGAAUGACAAAUGGGAUUCUUUCUUUAAUUACAUUCAAAAGUAAACGUGUAUGUGAUGUUGGUUGUGGAAUCUAUUUGUUUGGUUCAUCAUUAACCACAGUAUUGACAAUGUUCAUGUUUGGAUUGAAAUAUUUUGUUUAUCUUUCGACACAAAUGUCAACAUUGUCGAAUGAAACAUUUCUCGAAGUUCAAUGCUAUUUACUUGAUUUUCUUCUUCGAAUUUGUUUGAAUAUGGAUCAAUGGUUGAAUGCAUGUGUUGCAAUUGAAAGAGUAACAACAGUUAUUCAAGGUGCGAGAUUUAAUAAAAAGGAAAGUAAACGAUUAGCAAAGAAAAUUCCGAUUAUUCUUCUAAUUUUAAUCAUUUGCACAUCCAUUCAUGAUCCAAUCUAUCGACGUUUAUCAGAAGAAGAAAAUGAAAAUGAUAAUAAGAAAAGAAUUUGGUGUAUUGUCAGUUAUUCAUCGAAAUUACAAAUUUAUAAUCGAGUGGUGAAUACAUUUCAUUUCUUUGCACCGUUUCUUAUUAAUUUCAUUUCAUCGAUUAUUUUAAUUAUAAAAAAAUCUCAUCGAAAAGCUCGUCUUUAUGGAAAUCGAUAUGAUAGACAAACACUAUGGAAACAACUUCGAGAGCAUCAACAUUUGUUGAUUGCACCUGUGGUUUUAUUUCUGCUCGCCUUGCCACGUUUAAUUCUUUCAUAUUUAUCAAAAUGUAUGAAUUCUACACGAGAUUCGUGGCUAUUUCUCUGUGGAUAUUUUAUGUCUUUUAUUCCUCCUAUGAUCACUUUUCUUAUCUUUGUUUUACCAUCAAAAUUUUACAGAAAAGAAUAUCAAAAAUCGAUUAGAAAAUAUCAGAAUUUCAUUCAACGACGUUUUCAUUAA